AGGAGUGACUUCCGCCGGACUUCUGUUUUGGACAACGAAACGAACUUGGAGCAAGUGCUACGCAGUAUCCAGUAACGGUGAAUAUGGAGGACAGCCAUGCACAAGCGUCAGGCUGUGAUGGGUCUCUGCGCUCAACGAAAAUGAUAUCCCUCGAAACGCCCGUUCAUCGCUUGCCGCCGGAGAUAACGACAAAUAUUUUCUGCCUAGUCAGAGGCAACCCGGUUCUCCAACAGCGGUCCGAAUCCGUAUUCUCAGUCAUCUGCCUGACGCACGUAUGCGUUCAAUGGCGGUCAAUUGCACUUUUGACCCCAACCUUAUGGACUGUCGUGAACAUCGAUCGAUGGGAUAGAGCCUUGCUGAGCUGGCUGCCGGCGUUCUUGGCGCGUUCAAGCAUAGCGCCCCUUGACGUCCAAAUCAACUGCUCACCGGUCAAGUCCAAACAUAUCCUACUGCGCGCGAUCGAUCUGCUCGUUCCAGAGACAAGUCGCAUCACACAUCUACGUCUGAGUGGAUGGAGUAUGAUUCGAGGCUCAGCUCACAGCAAGAGAUUUAUGAUGGUCAGCGGGGAGCUCUGGUCUGGUUUGAGAAAGUUUUCCGAACUACAAGAACUUGAUCUUGGUGAAUGGAGAGACUUCCCCGUGUUUCCUCGACGCUUUCCUCUGUUGCAUGUCCUCCACACAGAGUGGAACAAUCUUCGCUGGACUUCUGCGCUCCUACACUUGUCACAUCUUUCGCUUGGGCCAGGGGAGGUGUACAUAUAUCCCAUCAGAGAUCUACUCGCGAAACUGGAAUGCUGCCACAAUUUGGAGUCGUUGCACAUACCGAGGCUAAGUUGCAAUGACAGGAUGGGAGAUCCUGAACCUAUUCAUGUCCUACAGCUCAACAACUUGCACACGUUGGCCCUCCAUGGAUGUUGUACCCCUGUCGUCGUUGAUUUCAUCGUCCAGCUGUCUCUUCCAUGA